AUGCAACUUUUUCAAAACACGAAAACUCCGAGUCGCCGUGCUCACUUAGAAAAGCAUAGAAAUUUAAUUUUUAAGGAGACUCAUAUCCUAUUAAUUCAUGACUCAUCAAGCUUCAACAUUCACAUCAUCGCUAUCACUGCACAAAAGCUGCCUGAUCAAUUAGAAUUUCGUAAUCCUCAUCCUCUUCUCAUAGGUAGUGGUUCCAUUUGGGACUUUCAAGCCUCAAUUGCUUUGAGAGAAAAACUUAAGGAUGCAAUUCAUGAUCAUUACAAGUUUUGGAAAGCAGGGCAACGUGAAAAAACAAAAAUACCGGAAUAUUUCAUUCUAGCAGGAGCUGAAGAAGGUAAAUCUCGCACUGCGCAAGAAUUGCCAAGGUUAUUAAUUGAAUGUGCUGACAGCGAUGCCGACUUACAAAACCGUCUUAAAGAUGCUCUUGUAUUUAAUUUAUCGUUUGAAAAUGGGACCAAACUAAUUCGGGGAGACGAAAUUACGAGCUCUAAAGCAAUUUGUAAUCGAAUGCUCUUUCAAUUACUGAAACUGCCUAAUGAUUCUUGGAAUGAUUUUAAGAAUCGAUAUGAUGUAACACCAGAAGAUGUAUUGCGUAGAAUUGCCAAACAUCGCACUCAAGAAUUUAAGGAUCUGAAUGUAAUUAUUAUUCUGGAUGGUUUACAAGUAGCAAUGGAUGAUACUAAAGAUGGAAAAAACAAAAGCAAAAAUUUAUUUUUUUACGAUUGCAUCUCCACACUUGGCAUUCUUUCACUUACUGGUCCAUUUGUUAUUGUCUGUUGUACGGCCACUAUUAGCAUACCUAUUCAUGAUUUCCUUGCCAGUUCACAACAAAAAAGAAUUUUUCUACCAGUUACAUCAUCACAACCUCCGAAAAUAAAUAACAUCCCAGUUUUUAAUGAUAGUUCAACAAUGAAUAUGUUUAUAGAUGACAUGGGAGGUCAUGGACGUGCUUUAGAGGCUUUGGGAGAAGCAGUUGUAAAUAAAGAUAUGAACAAAUUAAAUUAUAUUGAUCUAAUAAACAAUGUGCGAAUGAAUCUUACAUAUAAUUAUUCGGGUUGGUUGACCAAAACAGCUUAUUUAAGACCUCUCCUCCGCAUUAUUCUAGCACAUACAUCUGUUAACAAAGACCAAACCAUCUUUGAACUUGAUGGACAAAGAAUAAAUGUAGAUGACGUAAUACAGUUUGGACUAGUUCGAUUUGAGAGUUCCGAUCCUGACCGUGUUGUUGGUUAUCUAUCAUGGAUUAUGGCUCAUGCAUACCACGAAAAUAUAAAUGAUCCAUUGUUAAGGAAUUGGGAUUUUGCCUACUACAAUGAAGUACUCAAUGAAUCGGGAGAGCCUAGUAUCCCACCUGGUUGCCAAUACUGGCAACAUUUUGAGUAUUUUGUCGCUCAAUUUCGCUCUCUAAAAUCGAAUAUCUAUAAUUAUGAUCAGCGAGUUGAUCUUAGUGUCAUUCAUAAUGGUGCCACUCAUAACUUAGGCCAAGUUUCCAUAUCGAAUCGACAACUUACAUUAUCAAAAUCAGUUGAAAGAAUUAGCACCAAAUCUAAAGAUUAUAGGAAUCAAAAUGCAAAUAUAUUGUGCCAGAAAGGACGAGUCAAUCUUACAAAUGCGAGUCAUAUUAUAAUCAAUGCAUCUGCUGCUAAGUUUGGAGAUUCCUUUUGUUCAAUAUAUAUGGCAGAGACUAAACAAUUACAAACGGAGGCACAUCAGUGCAAAUUAUUGAGAGAACAAAGCAUUUCUCAAAAAAUUUAUGAAGAAGAAUAUAACAAAGCAACUAGUUCAGGAGAUAUUUUCAUCUUAUACACCUCAGAAUCCUGCCAGAAUCUUGAACUCCAACCAAUGUCUGCAAUCGUUAACAAAGAAAACUGGAAAGAAUAUUUCGGUCCUUUUGCUGGAAGAUGUUAUAAUUAUGCCAUGGGGCCACCAGAUAUUAAUAAAGCGACCUUCACUCAGCUGACUGGAAUUGAGAAGAUUGCAAAAAAACGUGCUAGAAUUAUCAUGGAAGAACGAGAUCGUGUCGAAUUUUUUGAUAUUGAUGAUUGUGAAAGGAGAACAAUAAUUCCACGUCAAUAUAUUGAGCCUUUUUUUUUAAAAGGGUAA